UAUGUGUUUUUCAUUUAUUGGCACACCUAAAACCCCAACCACUCUUUGAGUCUCUCUGUCUGUCCCUGUGUGCGAACUGGGCAGUAGGAAAAAAUUGAUUUUGAAGAAAAGAUGAGAGUUGUUGAUAAUUUAUUCGCCAUUGGAAUAAUUUUGGGCUUUUUAGGUUCAAUUUUGGGCGGAUCAACAGCUUCCUCUUCUCUUCUCAGUGACCCUUAUUAUGGAAUUUCUCCUCAGGAUGAGAAUUAUUACAAGACUUCGUCUGAUACUAUCAAAUGCAAAGAUGGAUCCAACAAAUUCACUAAAACUCAGCUCAAUGACGACUUUUGUGACUGUCCUGAUGGCACUGAUGAGCCAGGAACGUCAGCAUGUCCAAAUGGAAAAUUCUAUUGUCACAAUGCAGGACAUGCUCCUCUUAAGAUAUUUUCUUCCAGAGUGAAUGAUGGUAUUUGUGAUUGCUGUGAUGGGAGUGAUGAGUAUAGUGGUAUCGCAAAGUGCCCAAAUACUUGCUGGGAGGCUGGCAAGGUGGCUAGAGAUAAGUUGAAGAAAAAGAUAGCUACAUAUCAGGAAGGUGUUACCAUACGAAACCAGGAGAUUGAAAAAGCAAAAUUUAGCCUGGACAAAGAUGAGAAAGAGUUAUCAAAGUUGCAAAUUGAAGAAAAGACACUGAAAGGGCUCGUACAACAGCUGAAAGAGCAAAAAGAACAAAUAGAAAAGGCUGAGGAGAAAGAGCGUUUACAAAGAGAAAAGGAAGAGAGGGAGAAGAAAGAAGCUGAGGAAAAGGCUCUAAGAGUGAAAAGUGAAUCUAGUGAUGAACCUAAGCAGGAAAAUAAUGAUGUCCAGGAACAUACUAGCUCUGAGAAGAAGCCUGAUGAUAGUGCACAUGAUGAUAAAGUUAGAGUUUUGGAGCAUGCUUCUAAAGAUCAGGAUUUUUCCAAGGGCAAGGGUGAAGAUGAUAAAGCAGCUGAAGCUGAACAUGUUGUCACUUCCUAUAAUGUGGAAAAACCAUCAAAUGAAGCAGAGCAGAAUGCAGAUGAAAAGAGUGAACAAUUUGUCUCACCAAAAAGCGAAGACAGAUCUGCAGUUGUACCUGACACUGGUCAUGUUGCUGGAAGUGAGCUAUCUCAUGAGGAAGCCAAAGAAGUGGGGAAUGAUGCGUCUGAACAGACUGGGGAGUUGUCAAGAGAAGAGUUGGGUCGUCUUGUUGCUUCUCGUUGGACAGGAGAAAACUCUGAGAAGGUAUCUAAGGAAGAUGAUGCAAAAGAAAAAGCUUAUGAAGUCCAUGAAGAGCUGCCGGACAGUACACAUGAUGACGAGGAUGAUGGCUAUGCUCCUGAUAGUGAUGAUGACACUGAAAGAUAUGAUGAUGCUGGAAAAUAUGAUGACCAUGCAGAUACUGAUUUAGAUGAAAGUUAUGAAGAUACGGAUCAUGAUGAUACUAGUAGUUCAGACAAAUCCGACACUGAUGAUGAUUUGGACUUGGCAGAGACGACAAGCCCAUCUUGGUUGGAAAAGAUACAACAAACUGUACAGAAUCUUCUGAAGGCUGUUAAUUUGUUCCAAACUCCAGUGGACAAAUCUGAUGCUGAUCGUGUCCGCAAGGAUUAUGAAGAAUCCAGUGCUAAGUUGUCUAAAUUACAGUCGAGGAUAUCGAGUUUGACAAAAAAGCUAAAACAUGAUUUUGGGCCUGAAAAAGAGUUCUACUCAUUCUAUGGUCGUUGUUUCGAGAGCAAGCAGAACAAGUAUCUGUACAAAGUCUGCCCAUACAAACAAGCUACCCAAGAAGAAGGCCACUCUUCGACUAGAUUGGGGAGCUGGGACAAAUUUGAGGACUCUUUCCGCAUCAUGCUAUUUUCAAAUGGUGAUAAGUGCUGGAAUGGACCUGAUAGAACUUUGAAGGUUAAGCUGAGAUGUGGACUAUCGGAGGAGAUUACAGAUGUUGAUGAACCAAGCCGCUGCGAAUAUGUAGCAUUGCUGUCUACUCCGGCAGUAUGCUUUGAAGAAAAGCUUCAGGAACUACAACAUAAACUAGACUUGAUGAACAAAGAUCAACCUCAGCAGCACGAUGAACUAUAAAUUAUUCCAAAAGAAUUUACCCAACAUGCUCUAGAGGCUGCUGACUCUUGAACUAAUAAUCAUGCUAUCAAACAAACAUAUGUUCAAUCUUCAAAGAUGAAGAGGUGGUGUACUGCAGCCUCUAAGGCCACAAGUAGUUUACAGAAAUCUCAGGCAAUAUGUGAAGCAGGCUCCCGAAACUUUAACAACUUGAGUGCACUUCAUAUUGAAAUUGUAGUCGUUUGCAAUAUGUGGAUUUGAGGGCACAAAUUUCACAAAUUCGGCUUAGCUUAAACUGACUUUGAUAUCAUUCUUCAUGCGACACUUUUGAAAUGAGCUUAGACCUUAAAAGAGUAAUCUUUGAACAGACUGCAAACAGAACUUCCAUAUUGCCAUGUUAUUAUAUAUUUUCUUUCUUGGAAAA